AUGGAUUUCGAGCUGCGGAUGGCGAGGCAGAGGCUGGAGAAGGAGCAGAGGGAGCGCAAGGAACGGGCAAGGCUGCGGCAGGAGAGGGAGCGCCGGGCCAAGGCCGAGGCAGCCGAACGUCGCGAGGCUCUCGAGGCUGCCCAGCGCGCCGCCCGCCUUGAUGCCGCCAGAGCCCAACAGCUGGUACGCUUCUUCAAAUCUACGCGGCCAAUAGGGAAUCCCUCUGUAUAUUCUUGUUUUAUUUUUUGAUCUGAUAGAAAUUUGUUCUCUGAGUCGGUGUUUUAUCGAUUUUCUUCCUGGGAGCCGCUGCUCCCCUUCUGGGGGGUGAUUUGGUGUUUCGUGAGAAGCACAGUUAGAAAUCGAUGUUGCGAGAUUUUACAACCUCUAAAACGGAUGAGCAAUGUUAAGUAUCUUUCCAUUUGGUCGUUCCCCUCUUUUCUAUUUCAAAACCGGUGAGGGCUUUAAUGUGAUCUAAACCCAUUGCUAUCACAUUUUAUCUCUCUCUGCUUACUCUAGAAUUGAAAUUUUACCGUGUUUACUUGGUCUGAUCUCUCUAUGAUCAAUGGAGUAAUGUAGAUUAUCGAUCAUUUUAAAGGAUGGAUAUUGUGAGAACAUUUUUCCGGAUACCAAAUCGCCUUGCUGGUAUACAUCCUCUACUAGUUGCGACUUAUAGGUUAUUAUUGAGAAAGGGAAGAAGAAUAUGUGGGCCCUAUGUGUCAUUGGUGAAGUUACAAAUUGUCACACUGGAGAACAAGAUCCUGUAUUUGUUGAACCUGAAGAAUUCAAGUUCAAUGUUGUUGCGAAAUAUAUAUUUUAGAUCACUCCAGAGACAUGAAUUUUGACAUUGUGACAUGGAACCCAGUUUGUCUCUAUGGUCGCCUUGUGCACUUACUUUUAAGAUAACCUGGGUUUAAAGAGGCUAAAGUAGGAAGAUAGCAAAAAGGAUGUUUCUUGAACCAUCUGAAGCUUCUUUUUCUCCCACUAACAGUCACGAAUUGGGCCUCUUGACGUCAACUUCGUAGCUUUCUCCUAGUUCCGUCCCUCUUACACUUUUAAGACACUACUCCAAUACAAAGGUCCAAUUGGGUGACUCCUAAUUGAUGCUUUUAUUACAGUACCCUUUUGGCCAUGUCCAAGUGCUGGCAUCACAGGUGAAAUGACUUCCCUCUUUCUUUAGUAACCAAUGUCCUGACACCAUAAUAAGAAAGCAUUUUGUCUCAGUGGAAUGCAGAGACCUGCUAGGGGGUGUGGAUGCAACGUGGUUCUGAUUUGCCAAUUACCUAAGUCAGCUUUGGUGGGAUUGUCUUUAGGUGCAGUUCUGGUGGGUUGAAAUUGAUACAUGAAAAGGUAUCUUUAAUUUGGCUCGGAUUUCUUGUCACCAUCCAACCAGCUGUCCUGAUGUUAGCUUAAAAAGACACAUCUCAAAUGGCAGACGGCCAGUGUAAUUGGAAGUUAGUGCCAUUCCAGGGGCAAAGGGGAAGUGACUUGGCCUUGGCCAGCGUAUUAGGGCUUGACUUUUGGGACUGUCAUGAGGUUUAGCUUGAUUUUGAUUUUGGGUUGCAGAAUUUUAUGUUUUGGUUUUAGUUUGACAAAAACAUAUUCAAAAUGGCCCGUGGCUCACUCUUAGUUGUUGUUUCCUCAUUUCUCAUUUAUUCAAAACAUAUAAAUUUUAGUGUAGAUUGCAUAUAUUGACAUAUAAACUAAUCUUUUUAAUGUAGUUUGCAUACAUUAAACAAAAAAAGUAAUGUUGAUUUAAAUCCACCAUGAUCUGCUCAUGUAUUGUUUUCUUUAGAGCAAAGAAUAGAUACUGAAGAUUCGGGCACAAUAAAAUUAUUCCAGUGCCUACCCCACACCGAUACCACCCGUUAUCAUUGCCCAGCCGAUAAUUUGUUUUGUGAGUGAAUGAAGCCACCAGCUUGGUACAAAAUUUUUGUGAGCCACAAUAUUAAAUGCAUGCUAGAAUCAGUUUCUAUAGUUUGGUGACAACCAUGGUUUAGAUGAGGUUGAGUAAUCAACAUAACAUUGUUGAGGCGAAAGAACGAAUUAUUUCCAAUCCACCCUCGAACCCAAUUCAACCCAUUUCAAUUCUGUCUCAGGCAGAGCAACAGAUAGAAGAAAGCUUACUCAUUGGCAACGGUAUUAUCUUCUGCCAAACCUUAGAAGCCGUGCAUUACAGUGGAUAUGGUGACAAGAUCAAGCUGCCACCUUCCUGCUUCACCGAGCUCUCCAACCAAGGAGCUCUGGACAAGGGCCCCAUGUGCUUUCGCCUGUCGAGAGUCGACGAGUCGCCAUCUUCCGAGCAGCAGAUGACACACUCUGGCGUUUUGGAAUUCACCGCCAGGGAAGGCUCUGUGGAGCUUCCCCCACACGUCUGGAGCAACUUAUUUCAUGGCAUUGAGCUCGACUUUCCUCUGGUCGAGGUCAAGUACGUGAGCCUCCCAAAGGGCACCUACGCAAAGCUACAGCCCGAGGAUCUGGGCUUCUCCGACCUACCAUACCACAAGGCCGUGCUCGAGACGAGCCUUCGCAGGCACACAACCCUCUCCCAGGGCGACGUGAUCACCGUCCUCCAUGGGGAUCUUAGCUACAAGCUGCGGGUCCUCGAGCUGAAACCGUCGCCGAGCGUUUCUGUCAUAGAGACGGACGUCGAAGUCGACAUCAUCGAGCCGGAGGACUCUGCGAGCGAGAACCAGCGGGCAUUGGUGCCACUCGAGCUGGGAAAUGCCGAGACCGGGACGGUGGAGGAAGGAAGCUUCAACUACUACAAGUUCCCCGUGGAUGAAUUCACAGGCGAGAGGAUUGCUUCCGGGGAGCUCAGCCUCGAGGUAAGCCUGCAGGCGGAGUCGGCAGAAGGCGCCGACACCGACCUCUACGUGUCAAGGCACCCGGUCAUCUUCCCCACGAAGCUCCAGCACGGGUGGUCUUGCCAUGAUGUCGGCUCCAAGGCCCUGGUUCUCUCACACAUUGAUCAGCAACCGGCAGUGGGUUCCUACAGCGUCGGAGUGUAUGGUUACAGAGGCCAGACCAAGUACCGGAUCUGUGUUGCACUGAAGGAGAGGAGCAAGCAGGUUGUCUCUGCAUUGCCAGCGGUGGCAGGGGAGGAGGGGGCGGCAGAGUGCCGGAACUGCCGGCGGCUCGUCUCUGCGCAGAGCAUCGUGAUCCACGAGGCCUUCUGCGCGAGGCACAAUGUUGUCUGCCAACACGAGGGGUGCGGCGCUGUUCUUCGGAAGGAGGAGGCCGGAGCCCACGUCCACUGCAGUGAGUGCGGCCAGGCCCUUCGGAGGGAGCAGCUAGAGAAGCACUUGGAGGUCUUCCACCGGCCGGUGAAUUGCCCCUGCGGCGCCGUCCUCGAGAAGGAGGAGAUGGUAAAGCGUCUUCCUUCCACCCACAACCAAUUCUGGCUCCUCCCUCUUCUUCGCAUUUACUGAGCUCGGCAGUUUUGUUGAUUGGUUGGUUCGUUUGUGUGGCAGGCGCGGCACCAGGCGGCGGCAUGCCCGCUGCGGCUGAUAACGUGCCGGUUCUGCGGUGACGCAGUGCGGGCGGGGACGGCGGCGGCGGACGCGAGGGACAGGCUGAGGGGGCUCUGCGAGCACGAGAGCGUCUGCGGGUCGAGGACGACGCCGUGCGAUGCGUGUGGACGGUCGGUGAUGCUCAAGGACAUGGACAUCCACUUGAUUGCGGUCCACCAGAAUAGCUGA